AUGUUUCUUCGGUUACACGUGUCUAAUCUGGCGUUACUAUUAAUCGUUUUGAGUUUCGGGCAAGUGAGUGGAAAGUGUGGCAACCUGCUGUGUGGAUUACAUGAGGGCUGUUGUUUCUACGGCAAUGGCACCAACCAAUAUAUUCGGUGCUGUAAGCUGCCAAUACACAACUUUCUGGACAACAUCAGUUGGGUCCUGAGAAAACUCUCGGGAGUGUUGAUACUAUGUGUGCUCUUUGUCAUUGGCUACUUCCUACAACGCAUGAUCUGCCCACAACCCAGACGCUACAGGACAGACACCUCUUCCUCUUUACUGAGCGACAACAUGACCGCUUCAGACAACUGUCUUCUCGACCCCUUCACCGAGCAGGAGAUGCGGGUGAUCUCUCCUCAUGCCGCCGCCAUCACUCGGCCGCCCUCGUACGAGGAAGUCAAAGACUUGCCAAGCUACGAGGAGUUCAUGCACAGCAGAGACAAUGUAGAAGGCAACACAACAGCAGCAGCAACAACCACAACAGAGGGUCCGUCCAUUUCAACAGACUCCCCCAGGCAGCAACGAUCAGAGAGCGUAGAGAGACCGGCGCCUGAAAGCCAACUUGCCACCUCAUCCUCAACCUUGACUAUCCCACAAGGGGAAGCUUGUGUAUCAAAAAAUGUCACUUAG